AUGAAGGUCACUUAUUCUGACCGCACUGCGACUCAAGGGCGAGGACUUCAACCGUUGUUACAAUCUUUAUUCCUGGCUCACGACAUUUUGGCGAAUUCGCCUCCUUCGGAGGCUGGAAAGGUGAAAUCGAAAGUGACUCAUCCAGUAGAACUCCACAUUCGCCCAACAAAGACAAGCUUCGAAACUCUCGAAAAUUCUCCGUUCGAAGCUGAAAUGACACUGUGGCGUCGUCCACGAUCACCCGAUUGGGUGGAGUUGGAUCAGCGCUUCGAUGAAAUGUCACGACGAAUAGAUCGCGCGUUGGAAGAAUGUCGACGAGAUAUGCGACGUUUUGAAGAAAGUUUCUUCCCAGCAUCACGAUACGGUGAGGGGCAAAAGGUGAUAAACGAUGAUCGAAAAUUUGCUGUAACGUUAGACGUAUCACAAUUUCACCCGGAUGAGGUGAAAGUGAAUUUGGAAGGGAGAGAUUUGGUGAUUGAAGGACGUCAAGAGCAUAAAAAUGAUCGGAGCUAUUCAAAAAGGCAUGUGGUGACUGUUGAUGAGAUAUCUUUUGUGAGAAAAUGGAGACUACCGGACGAGGCGAAUAUUGACGCGAUAAAUUCCAGUCUUAGCGAUUCAGGGAGGUUAUCGGUGGAAAUACCGAAGUUUCCAUCGGCAAAAGUAGAUAGAAGAAGUGUUCCGGUUACUCAAACGAGGUCUAAACAACGAGAAACGAACAUCAACUAA